ACAGAGAAACACCCAAAGCUUCUUUCUUGACAGAGACACAGAACCAAUUGGGUUGCAAUUUCAUGAUCAAUCCCACAAAGAAUUGAAAACCCUCUUUGUUAAUUCUGCAAUUUCACCUCUGCUUAGUGAUUUGAGCCUUUUGGGUUGCUAAAGAUUCAAUCUUUAUCGAAAAAAUUGGGGAUUUUGAGCUCGGGAAAUCGAUUUGGGAAAUUAGGGUUUUGGAGAAUUGGGAAAUGAGGGUGAAUGGAGAGACUGAGAUUGAAGGUGAGAACAGGAACACCAAGGAAAUUGAAGAAAUCGGAGAAAUGGGUUCGAUUGUUGGAGCUGAGUUUGCUCAGCCUCCUGUAAAGCUUGUAGUUGGGUACGCUUUGACAUCAAAGAAGAAGAAGAGCUUCUUGCAGCCUAAGCUUAUUGGAUUGGCUCGGAAUAAGGGUAUAUCCUUCAUUGCAAUUGAUCCAAAUCAGACACUUUCAGAUCAAGGUCCGUUUGAUGUUGUUCUGCAUAAGUUGCCGGGAAGAGAAUGGUGCGAGGUUAUAGAGGAUUACAGGCAAAAACAUCCAGAAGUUACUGUUCUUGAUCCGCCAAAUGCAGUACAACAUCUGCACAAUCGCCAGUCCAUGCUUCAAGAUGUGGCAGAUCUAAACUUGUCUGACUCCCAUGGAAUGGUUUGUGUUCCAAAACAAUUGACCAUCACAAAAGAUACAUUAUCUAUUCCAAAUGAAGUAGCUAAAGCUGGGCUAAAAUUGCCUCUAGUUGUUAAACCACUAUUGGUGGAUGGUAGCGCCAAGUCACAUGAACUGUCUCUUGCUUAUGACCAAUGCUCCCUCUCAGAACUUGAACCUCCUCUGGUCCUGCAGGAGUUUGUAAAUCAUGGUGGUGUCCUGUUUAAAAUAUAUAUUGUCGGGGAAGCCAUAAAGGUUGUAAGGCGUUUCUCUCUCCCUAAUAUCAGUAAACGUGAUCUAGAAAAACUUGCUGGUGUUUUCCGUUUCCCAAGGGUUUCAUGUGCGGCAGCUUCAGCAGAUGAUGCAGACCUGGACCCUAGUAUUGCUGAACUACCUGAACGACCUUUACUAGAGAGGCUUGCAAGGGAGCUUCGUCAACGAUUGGGACUCCGGCUAUUCAAUGUAGAUAUGAUCCGAGAGUACGGGACAAAGGAUGUCUAUUAUGUCAUCGACAUCAACUACUUUCCUGGGUACGGGAAAAUGCCGGAGUAUGAACACAUAUUUACAGAUUUUCUACUAAGCCUUCUGCAGAGCAAGUACAAGAAGAGACCUGCUACUUAACUACCGCAAGUACCCAGCAGCUGUAGGUAUCUUAGAAAGUUAGAAUGAGGAAUUGUCAUGUUUGCAUUUUACUUCUGUAAUUACAGAUAGGUUAAUGUGGUGAUUGCUUAAGUCACAAACAUGUACAUAAUGUUCUUGCAAUGUUGUAUGUGUACACAUGAGUUUCUCAUUUCAACAAAUCAUCACUUCCAAU